AAAAAAGAAGAAGAAUAUCAUCUUAUCCUCCCAAAACGAUCCAUCUCCUCCUUCCGAAUUGGGAAAAGAGGGUGAGCAGUACUUCUGCUACCAUCAUUCACAAUAUACAUACACUAUACAUACAAUGGAGACUUCAACAAAAGAUGAUUCUUCACACCAAGACACCGCAAAAUGCGUGUCAACUCACCUGGUUUCCAACUGUUUGGUGGUGUUGCCUCUCACUGUUCCUCAGUUUAUUCACAACCCUUUUGUAUCUCCUUCAAGUGUGUCAAAACAGCCCUUUUGUGCAGUCAAGAAGUUAAAGAUUCAAUCUUUUGUGGAAGAAACUACAGCCCAUGUUCUUGAUAGCUUUCGGGAUUCCGUUGUGUGUGCUGCUAACAGGUGUGGCAAGUUUCUUGAGAUGAUUGCUUCUCAGAAUCCCUUUUUUGGUAAAGUGGUCUCUCUCUCCUCUGACUUCCAAGGCUUCUGUCAGAUUCAUCGCAGAAACUACAGGAGUUUGAAUACUCUGCCCAAUCACAAUUUUGCAGCUAUUUUACCGGGAGAUUCAGUAGCUGGACUUGUGGCAGCUAAUGGAAUUCUUAAUUUUUUGAACAUUUAUAAUACUCUUUUAGUUUGCAGGCUUGUUCUAACCUGGUUCCCAAACUCUCCGCCUGUCAUAGUAAAUCCUCUCAGCACUUUAUGUGACCCGUACCUGAACGUAUUCCGAGGACUUAUCCCGCCACUAGGAGGUACUUUGGAUCUUUCACCUAUUCUUGCAUUUCUUGUUUUAAAUGCAUUCACAAGUGCUGCUACUGCACUUCCUGCCGAACUUCCAUCUGAAGGAGCAUCUCCACGAGCUGCAUCAUCUCGAUCAGAAUUGUUUCAUCUUACAUCAUCACAAGAGAAAUGGGCGAAAAGGUUUGCUGCUAAAAGCGCAAAGAGCUCCAGCAAUGAUAACUAAUCAUGGCAAUCACAUAUUUUUCUUUUCUUUGCAUCGCAGCUUAACCCUGCUAUUUACUUUGUAUACAACUUUUUUACGAUUCUUUGAGUUUCUGAGAUAUAGUAUGUACGAGGACCUGAACACUCCCGAGUAUAGUAGAUUCUUUGAUAUCAUAUGUUCUAGGUUCGAUUGA